AUGCAUCGAUUUGGCGCUGCAUCGGUUUUCCUCGCUGGGCUUGCCGCCGGCCAAUCCUGCGGGACACUGCCAGCGACCAUCUCCUUCUCCGGAAACGCCAUUAAGCUGCCCGAUCCGUUUACCUUCCUGAACGGGUCUAAGGUUACGACCGAAGCCGAAUGGCGCUGCCGGAGGGAGGAGAUUAGUGCCAUUAUCCAACGCUACGAACUAGGUCCCAUGCCCGCGGCCCCCGAGGUGAAAGCAUCCGUCAGCGGCACCCGGCUUAGCAUCACUGUUACGGCUAACGGCAAAACCUUAACCAUGACACCAACCAUCCGACUGCCUUCAUCUGGCCAGGGGCCAUUCCCGGCUCUCAUCGCGCUGGGCGGCGCCUCGAUUCCAGUCCCGGCCAGCGUUGCGCUCAUCACCUACAACAACGAGGAAAUUGCCGCCACCGACCCCCGCGGCAAAGGCAAGUACUUCGACUUGUACGGCACAUCCUCCACAACGGGCGGCCUCGUCGCCUGGGCCUGGGGCGCCAGCCGGAUCGUGGACGCCCUCGAGCAGCUUGGCCCCGAGACGACCAAGAUCGACGCCAAGCGCGUCGCCAUCACGGGCUGCUCGCGCAACGGCAAGGGUGCGAUGGUUGCGGGCGCCUUCGACAACCGGAUCCGGCUGACGAUCCCACAGGAGGGCGGAUCGGGCGCGAUGGGAUGCUGGCGCAUCGUCGGUGAGAUGAAGAGGAACGGCACCAAGACGGAGGACGCAGCGCAGAUCGUCAACGGCGACCAGUGGUUCGCAACUGAGUUCUCCAAGUACGUCAAAGCCCUUGACAAGCUGCCGCACGACCACCAUAUGCUGGCCGCCAUGAUUGCCCCCCGCCCCUUCCUAGUCAUUGAGAACUCCGGAAUCGAUUAUCUCGGCCCCAUCAGCUCCUACGGCUGCGCUACCGCCGCGAGGAUGGUCUACGAGGCCCUUGGCGCAACUGACACCAUGGGCUUCUCCCAGGUCGCCCACGGUUCCUCACACUGCCAGCUCCCGUCCAAUCAGAAUGCCGACGUCGCAGCCUUCUUCAAUCGUUUCUUAUUGGGGCAGAACGCUGUCGAUACCAAGAUUUGGAAGCCUGACGCGAAGCUAAGCUUAGAUCUGAAGCGAUAUGUGGACUGGACCGCACCAAAACUAGUGUAG